AACUGCUGGUUCUCGGCAGUACUUUCCUCACGAUCUGACAGUGUGAGGAAAGUGCAACCGAGAACCGGCAAUUGCAUUUCCCGGUGAUCAGCGCCAAUCACAGCGGCCUUUACCACGUGAUCAGUGGUGUCCAAUGACACGCUGAUCACAGGGAAAUGCAAGUGCCGGGCACUGAUGAUCAGUGCCCUGAUGAUCGGUGCCCAGCAAUGCCACCCGCAAGUUCCGCCCACCUGUGCCCAGCAGAUCACCCACCUGUGCCACUCUGCAGUGUCACACACCUGUGCCCAGAAGUGCCACCUACCUGUGCCCAGCAGUGCCACCCACCUGUGCCC